AUGCUAGAAUGCGAUAUUACGGAAGUGUUUACCGCAAUUUUAUUAUUUUAUGCAAUACCUGUCACUUCGGCAACAGCUGAAAGCAAAACAUUUAGCAAAUUAAAAAUAAUGAAAACUUAUUUAAAGAAUAGUAUGGGUCAAGCUCGUCUCCGACAUUUAGCACUCAUAGCAAUCGAAAACAAAGCCGAUUCUUGUCUAGAUUUAACGGUAGUUAUUGAUAAUUUUUCAAAAACUAAAGCCAGAAAAAGAUUGUAA